CCGCCGUGACACUGGCUCAUUCGAUCUGCUCCGCGUGGUGUCCUGUAGGAACGCAACUCCGCGCUGUCUGCGUAAGCCGUCAUCGAAUCGUAUCGGGGAUUCUCAAACACGGUCCUUUAAUUCCAACUUUUAGGCAACUCCCAGCCUGCGUUUGAAGAAAUCAUAAAUAAAUACAAGAUUCCUAGAAAUAAGACAUGAAAAUUUGGCCAAUCAAUUACCUCUUCUUACUCAUAUCAGGCUUCACCGUCAUUUGCGUCACAUCAGUGGAGGAAGAGCUUUCCGAUACGUUUCAUGUUAAUUUCUUGGAGCCUUUAAAGAACCUGUCUCCCCAGAGGGUCAAAGUCCGCGGCGUCCAUGCUAAGUUUUCACUGAGAAAACCAGCUUUGCCAGACGAUGACAUGUGUUAUAUUGUGCCUGGCAAAGAAGAGUCCUUGGGCAAGUGCAGUUUCAACACUACUGCCAAAACAUUUCUGGUGAUACAUGGCUGGACGGUGAGUGGGCUGUUUGAGAGCUGGGUUGCCAAGCUGGUAGCAGCACUGUAUAGCCGAGAGAAAGAUGCCAAUGUAAUAGUGGUAGACUGGCUGAACACAGCCCAGAAUCACUAUGCUUUGGCUGCUCAGAGCACACAGAAAGUGGGGCAAGAGGUUGCACACUUCAUAGACUGGAUAGAGGAGAUGACCAACAUUCCCCUGGACAAGCUUCAUCUGAUUGGCUACAAUCUUGGCGCCCAUGUUGCUGGGUUUGCAGGCAGUUAUGCCAAUAACAAGGUCGGCAGGAUAACAGGUCUCGAUCCAGCAGGACCGGAUUUUGAAGGGGUCCAUGCCCACCAGCGACUCUCUCCCGAUGACGCUGUUUUUGUGGAUGUCCUCCACACUUUUUCACGGGGAUCCCUGGGACUCAGCAUUGGGAUUGAGCAGCCUGUUGGCCAUGUGGACAUCUACCCGAAUGGAGGGAGCUUCCAGCCUGGCUGUAAUCUGCAAGGAGCCCUCAAGAAGGUGGCUAAUUUGGGAUUACUUGCAAUGAACGAGGCCAUCAGGUGUGAACACGAGAGGUCCGUCCACUUAUUCAUUGACUCUCUGCUGAACGAAGAGGAAGCCAGCAAGGCCUACAGGUGUGCAAGCAGCGACAUGUUCAACCGCGGGAUGUGCCUCAAGUGCCGCAAGGACCGCUGCAACACCGUGGGCUACGACGCCAGGAGGAUCCGCAGAGCUCGCAGCAUCAAGAUGUUCACCAAAACCCGAGCUGCCAUGCCAUUUAGAGUUCAUCACUAUCAGCUAAAGAUUCGAUUCCAAGUGCAGACAAACCAGUCGGAAACGGAACCUACUAUCACAGUCUCGCUCUACGGCACAAAUGGCAGCGUGACAAAUUUCCAACUUGAUGUCAGAAAGGGAAAAAUUACCCCCAACAAGACACAUUCCUUCCUCUUGGUUACAGAGGAGGAUAUUGGUGACCUUCAGAUGAUGAAGAUGAGAAUGGAAGACUCCAGUAGGCGCCCUGUUUCUUCACUGAUCAGUACGGCUUGGUCCUGGUGGAAUGGAGAUUCUAGCUGCUCUGAAAUUAAAGCCAAGAAAAUUAGCAUCCGGACUGGGGAAACACAAAAAAAACAGACGAGGUGCAGGUGUGUGCAGGUGUGGUUACAAACAAACAGCCCUCCCACUGUACAUGGCAGGCCCAAUCACCUGACUCAGGGGAGGAUGAUGUUUUGUUUGAAAGAGUCCAAAAAAGCAAGCUUGUCUCCUGAAGUGACAUUUGUGAAAUGCACAGCCUGGGGAAAAUCGUGCAGGAGACAUAACUUUAAUGGUUAAUGAAAAGGCAAGCUGCACAUAGAGAAAACUCAACUGACAACGCACUUAAUAAUUUAUACUGAAAUAUAUUGCUUAUAUAUAUUAUAUAUACUGAUAUUUAUACUGGUAUAUUUAUUUUCUCUUUCAAAAUUCACAUUUCCAAUAGCAUAAGUGUUUGUAUAUGUACAAAUUCUGUAUCACUAUGAAAUUUUUUUAUUUUUAUUUUUUACUAGCACUGCCAUUGUAAGACAAUGAUCCUGUAACAUACAGGAACCGUAGCUGAUGUAUAGAUUAAAAGGUACGAGCUUCUGUGCUGGAGAGUCAGUGGGUACCUUACCAUGAGAUGGUAAUAGGCUUCUCCUUAAACUUGACAAACCCACUCAUGAUCAGAAAUGUAUUAACAGAACCUUUCAUCAUCUGACCACUACGGGCAUGAUUUACUGAAAUAUUUAGCAUAUCCAGAAGUGUUUUGCAAGGGUGUGGAUUCAAAACUCCUUCUCCUGAAGUCCUGAACAAAGUUUAGCUCCACAAACCCAGUCCAUCUUACUGUAAUCCAGUAUAAUGACAUGAGUGGAAUAUGAAUAUUCACACUAGGUUAGAGUAUGAUAGAUGAUUUGGGAUGGAAGGUUCUAUAAGGCUGGAAAUCUCCAGGAGUAUGCCUGAUCAAUAAACCUCACACUCCAGUCUUCGGCAAUGUUGGUUCAUUUGUGCGAGAUUUCUUUUUUUCACACAUGAAAAACAGAAAAUCUGAACUUAAGUAGCUUAAAGGAUUUAUACGCAAGUUCAGUGAGGCUUUCUGAAUUCCUGAAUAUAAUAACGGAAAUAUAUUGUUUUACUUUAAAUUGGAAUACACUGUAUCUGUAGAUCAAUCAUAAACCCAAAGAUGAUUUGCAUAUUUUUAUAAGUUUUGCAUGGCUUCUUUUUCUUUCUUUAUCUUAUUGAUUCAUGGCUAAAGGUAAUAUUGCAGUGCUGUGUGUAGAGUGGAGGUUUCUUAACACUAACUUGGGCAACACUUUAAAAAAAAAUCAGUAUGCCAUUAGAUUUAUUUAACCCAAAAUAAAUAGCAUUAAACAUUAUGCAAAAUAGGUAAAUAAUUUCAAAUUGAUUGACCGAUGAGAGGACUUUGAGCAUCAGAAGCACUUAAACUUUGUUACUCAGUCCCUACAUUAAAGAAAAAGAAUUAGCUGAUUUAAAUUAUUCACUUAAAGCUCUGUUAACUUGGACACAAACAGACUGGGUCACAUUGGCUCUGCACUGGGUGCUGACCUCUCUUGUCUGCGUGCUUUAGGAUGGGUGCUCACUCUGCUUUAGUUCCAGGCUGAAGAACAAAUGAUGUUUUGCACUUUAGAUGAUUGUCAAUGAUUGUUAAUUACAUUUUUCUGCAAUGUAAAUGUGGGCAUGUUUGUAAUGAAUAAAGCAUGUGAAAUUGUGAAAAA